UCAAAGCCAGCUACAAUGUUCCCUCUUGGGUUUCUCUUCCCCUAAAAACACAGUCCUCUCUCUCUCUAAAUUUCUUUAUAUAGAAGUGUGAAUUUCGAAAAGAGAUCAAUCGAUCGAUGCAGCCUUGUAGCAGAGAAUUGCAAGCAAUGAACUCUCUCAUAACCCAAUCCCUUCAAGACCAACAACAGACUCACCAAACCUCCCAAAACCCUCACUUCGAUCCCACCUCAUCCUCUCACGACGACUUCCUCGACCAAAUGCUCUCUUCUAUCUCUCCCUCUUCAUGGACGGACCUCAAAUCCCCCUGGGACCUCACCUCCAGCGGCAGACCACCCGCCGACGACACGGCGCCAGAGAAUGUUGGAUUCCACUUCGAUGAGUCUGCCAUUUUGGCCUCCAAGCUCCUCCAACACCAGAUCAGCGGCGGUGGCUCGGCGAAGAUGAUGUUGCAGCAGCAGCAGAUGUUGAUGCCGGCUAACAGAGCGGGUUUGGGGCCUAUGCCGUUGUCUCUCGGGAAUGGAAACGACGUCGUGGACGGGUUCAAGUCGCCUACUAGUCAGGGAGGAGAUGGUACCGUCCAAGCCCUGUUUAACGGGUUUACUGGAUCUCUGCACGGGUCGGGUCAGACACCGAACCAUGGUCAACAGCAUUUUCACCAUCCACCGGGAGGGACUAUGCAAGCACAUAACUAUGGUGUUCCGGGGGCAGUGAUGAAUCAAUCUCAGGCUCCGAAUCCGACUCCGGCCCAACCAACUGGUGGUCAAGCAAGUGGUUCAACUGGUGGUCAACCGGGGCAGCCCAGGCAAAGAGUCAGGGCUCGAAGAGGUCAAGCCACUGAUCCCCAUAGCAUCGCUGAAAGGUUAAGGAGAGAGAGAAUUGCAGAGAGAAUGAAAGCUCUGCAGGAACUGGUUCCCAACGGAAACAAGACGGACAAGGCUUCAAUGCUGGAUGAGAUCAUAGACUACGUCAAAUUUCUCCAGCUCCAAGUCAAGGUCUUGAGCAUGAGCAGACUGGGUGGUGCUGCUGCUGUGGCUCCUCUUGUUGCUGAUAUGUCUUCUGAGGGUGGUGGAGGUGAUUGUAUCCAAGCAACUGCCAACGGUGGGGCCUCUAACAGCAACGCCGAGAGCCUGACGGUGACGGAGCACCAAGUGGCCAAGUUAAUGGAGGAAGACAUGGGCUCCGCCAUGCAGUACUUACAAGGGAAAGGACUCUGUCUCAUGCCCAUCUCACUUGCUACAGCUAUAUCAACCGCCACGUGUCACACCAGGAACCCCAUCAACAACCCACUACUCCAAUCCAACGGUGACGGCCCGUCCUCGCCUAGCUUGUCCGUGUUGACUGUCCAGUCAGCCACUAUUGGUAACGGCGGAGGGGUUGACGGUGCUUCUGUUUCGAAGCCGUGAUCACGGCGCUGACUGGCUUUUAGCUUUUUUUAUUUUUAUUUUAAGGUAAAUAAAGAAAAAAGUUGAAUAGAUAGUGUGUGGAAGCCGUUUCAAAGUCUACGAAAAUAGGGACGUCAAUAUACCUUAAUGGUUAGACGACGCCGUAUUUACUAGGACUUUGUUUUGGGUAGAGGCUUAGAGCUAACUUCUUUCAACCAGCACCACCAACAGGAACCAAAAAAAGAUCACAUCAAAUCCCGAAAACAAGCUAGUCUUUGUUUUCUUGGGAAGGCUAGGUUUUCUUUUUUUAAUUUGUUUAAUCGUUUUGAUGUAAUUUUUUAUAUAAUAUAUGGAUCAGGAUUUGGUGUAUUAUGUAAUGAGAGCGUUUUUAUUAUAUUCCAU